CUCCGACGGAGGCCGCCGGCAGCCAGAAGAGGGCGGCGGCGCCAGCUUCGCCAUGGCCAAGCAGUACGACACAGUGGAGUGUCCUUAUUGUGACGAGGUCUCCAAGUACGAGAAGCUGGCCAAGAUCGGGCAAGGCACCUUCGGGGAAGUGUUCAAAGCAAAACAUCGCCAGACGGGCAAAAAGGUGGCACUGAAGAAAGUGCUAAUGGAGAAUGAAAAAGAAGGGUUCCCUAUCACAGCCCUGCGGGAGAUCAAAAUCCUCCAGCUCCUCAAGCACGAAAAUGUGGUGAACCUCAUUGAAAUCUGCAGGACCAAAGCCUCUCCGUACAACCGUUGCAAGGGAAGCAUCUACCUGGUGUUUGAUUUCUGCGAGCAUGACCUGGCCGGCCUCCUCAGCAAUGCGCACGUCAAGUUCACGCUGGCAGAGAUCAAGAAAGUCAUGCAGAUGCUCUUGAACGGCCUCUACUACAUCCACCGGAACAAGAUUUUGCACCGAGACAUGAAAGCUGCCAACGUGCUCAUCACGCGAGAUGGCGUUCUGAAACUGGCCGACUUUGGCCUGGCUCGAGCCUUCAGCCUAGCAAAGAACAGCCAGCCCAACCACUACACCAACCGGGUGGUGACGCUGUGGUAUCGGCCUCCGGAGCUGCUACUGGGGGAACGAGACUAUGGACCGCCCAUCGACCUCUGGGGCGCAGGCUGCAUCAUGGCUGAGAUGUGGACCCGCAGCCCUAUCAUGCAGGGCAACACCGAGCAGCACCAGUUAACACUCAUCAGCCAGCUGUGCGGAUCCAUCACUCCAGAGGUCUGGCCUAAUGUGGACAAAUAUGAACUCUACCAGAAGCUGGAGUUGCCCAAAGGGCAAAAGCGCAAAGUGAAGGAGCGCCUGAAAGCCUAUGUCAAGGAUGCGUAUGCAUUGGAUCUGAUAGACAAACUGCUGGUUCUGGAUCCCGCCCAAAGGAUCGACAGCGAUGACGCCCUGAAUCAUGACUUCUUCUGGUCCGACCCGAUGCCUUCCGACCUCAAGAAUAUGCUGUCCACCCACAACCAAUCCAUGUUCGAGUACUUGGCUCCGCCCAGGAGAAGAGGCGGACACAUGCCGCAGCAGCUGGCCAAUCAGGGCAGGAAUCCAGCUGCCACCAACCAGACAGAGUUCGAUAGAGUGUUUUGACUGCCAGCGGUUGCGAUAGAGAAAAGAAAAGACCCAGAUGUUGUAAUGAAGUACUCAAUGAUUUU